AUGAUCUCCUCGGCUCUGUCCAGGCAAGCUCUGCCCAGCGGGGUCCGAUCACUCGGCCCCUCUCGAAGAUCUUCACCGAGUUCUUCUCCCCCAUCAUACCCUAAGUUCCCUACGAGAAUCAACCAAACGGGCCGCUGCUCGCAAAGGUCUCAAUGCUCUCUGGGCGUCAAGAGCUCGCCAUAUCCGGCGACCGGGCGGAGGUUCCAGCUCGAGGACGUCAUCGAGGCCCAGCAGUUCGACAGGGAUAUCUUGACUGCCAUCUUCGAGGUUGCUCGCGAGAUGGAGAAGAUCGAGAAGGGCACCCCUGAAAGCGAGGUCCUGAGGGGCCAUCUGAUGGCCACUCUGUUCUACGAGCCCUCCACGAGGACCCGGCUCUCCUUCGAGUCCGCCAUGAAGCGGCUCGGUGGUGAGGUGCUGACGACGGAGAACGCCAGGGAGUUCUCUUCUGCGGCGAAAGGGGAGACCCUGGAAGGUCCGCCCAUAUCCUCCUCCUCCUCUGAAGAUGAAGGAGAGCUUUCCUUUUCUUUAUGUGGGCAUUGCCUCGCUGAUAUGUGAUAUGGUUUGAAGGGCAGACACCAUAAGGACGGUCGAAGGCUACGCGGAUAUAAUCGUCAUGAGACACUUCGAGAGUGGAGCCGCCCGAAGAGCUGCAAUGACGGCCGGGGUCCCCGUUAUCAACGCAGGGGAUGGCCCUGGGCAGCAUCCCACGCAGGUAAGGUGGCGGCACAGGACUCUGUUUUCUCUCUCAACCAUCCUUUUCCUCUAAAAGCUUAUUGAAUGGGGACUGGAUAUCCAUGGUCUUGUUCCUUCCCCUUGUGGAAAUGGCAGUCAGAGAUCGUAUCCUCUUCCGAGAGGGUUGAGUUGAGAUAGACGACUCCAGGGAAGUCUUGGUGCAAAAGGGUGCUGGUGGAUCAAGGCAAGGGAUUGGACGGAUGCUAUCCUCUACAGAUCCCCAAGCCAUAGACUUAAGCGGCAAAGAGCAUCGAAAUGGAGAUCGAGGUGGUGAGAAAUAGAUGGUGAGGAAGCUGAUUGUGAAGCCGGAUAUAGCCUGAAGACUAGGGGAGGGCCUUCUUGCAGAUGGAUGAGAUUAGGAGCCAAAAAGAUAGAUGUGGGCACCUUCUGGGGCUAUGCUGUUUUUGGUUCUUGGCGUAGAUCAUUCACUGGGCAAGGUUCUUGUUGUGGGCACUUCAACAUGAGAUUUCUGUGAGAGUUUCUGCCGACUGAUCCCCGAAGAUUUGACGUUCUUCAUCCUUCAUUUGCAGGCCCUCCUGGACGUGUACACCAUUGAGAGAGAAAUCGGUAGGCUGGAUGGCAUCAGUCUAGGUCUAGUGGGAGAUCUUGCCAACGGGAGGACUGUCAGGUCUCUGGCUUACCUCAUUGCCAAGUACCAGGAUGUCAAAAUCUACUUUGUUUCCCCAGAUGUUGUAAAGAUGAAGGUGAUCCCAAUUUUUUCACCUCCCAAAUCCCCAAGAUCACCAAUUCCUCAAGCCCCACAUCUCACAUUUGUCAGAGAAUCCACAUGAAAUAGCCUGAAAGGCUUUUCUAUUUGCAGGAUGACAUAAAGGAGUACCUCACCUCCAAGGGGAUCGAAUGGGAAGAGAGCGCAGAUCUGAUGGAGGUGGCUUCCAAGUGCGACGUGGUCUACCAGACUCGGAUCCAGAAGGAAAGAUUUGGGGAAAGGAUAGACCUCUACGAAGAAGCCCGGGGGAAGUAUAUAGUGGACAGGAAGGUUCUGGAUGUGCUACCGAAGCAUUCUAUCAUUAUGCAUCCUCUUCCGAGGCUCGAUGAGGUGAGGGUGUGCUUCAAAUUCCUUGUUGAGGCUACUGAAAUAAAAACAUGGGCUUACCUCUUGCAUGGAUGAUGGUGAUUCAGAUUACCCCGGAUGUGGAUGCCGACCCGAGGGCUGCGUACUUCAGGCAGGCGACGAAUGGCCUUUAUAUCCGAAUGGCUCUUCUGAAGCUUCUACUUCUUGGCUGGUGA